GUAUGUUGCUAGUUCGCCGUAUCAAUAAGUUGUAACAUCGCGCUACCAUUUUCUGUGAUUUUGUUACAGAUUGGUUGGCUGAAAAAAAAAACCCUUACCUUUUGCAAUCAUUUCAAAAAAAACCAUCCACAGAUAAAUACUUGUUAUUUCAAAAAAGGUAUUUCUAAUCACUCACUCUUGCUCACAGACUACCAUUAGCUAACAAUGUCCAAUAUAAUUCAAGCAAGCUCCGUUCAUGGCUUAACUACUACAUUAACAGUUUCCAACUUCCUUUUAGAACUGCUCAAUUUACAAGAUAUUCUUGAUGUCAAUUUCUCGUCUGCUUCUGUUGUGCAGUUAACUAAAUAUCCAACCCCUUACUUCAUCCGCCAAGAUAAAAAGAAUAAAAAGAAAACAGUCAAAGUGUUUAACGGUAAUGGUGAACAAGUGUUUACUUUUGAAAGACUUUCAUGUUUGAAUCCAGUGUGGAGAAUGUUGACUUUUCCUGCAAGACAAGAAGUAGCUACCAUUAAAAUUGGGCUUACUUCAAGGUCAGUUGAUUUCCACACUAAAGAAGGAAUAACUCACAGAGACGUAUUUCUUGAUAUCGGACUCAAUGGAAGAUAUAGAUCCUUUUAUCUUAAUGAUGGUUACAAAUAUUCCUGGAGUUCAUCCACAAAGUACUUGGAGAAAGUUAUUAAUCCAAAUGGUAAACUUGAAGAAACGAGAUUACGAGUCGCCAAGGUUAAAUUGAUGAGACAAUUCAAAUUAGAUUUCGAAAUUUUGGUCGAUGAAGAUAAUAUUGAUCCUGAAAUUGCAUUGUCUACUGCAUUCAUUUCAAUGUUUACCCAAUGGGGAACUGGUAAUUAUACAGAUACAAUUGGACCUACAUUUAUCCCACCUAAACCAAUUGCUGAAGAAGUUGAACCAGAAGAACAACAGGACAAGCCAAUUACUUUAGUUAUUGAAAAUCCCGAUGGCUCAAACUUACAAAUAUCUAGUGAAUAA